CUAAUAAAUGCCAAACAUCACCUGUUUACCCAUCUUCCAUCUGAGGGAGCUUUGUUCUCAUCACUCCAGGCACUGAUUACUGCGCCUGGCUUUUAGGUUACUACCUGUGCCACAUAAGAUACUUAAAGAGAUAUAGGAACAGAUCCACAUCUACAGUCUUUCAUCUCACUGCACUAAGUGAUCAGGCUGCCAGUGUCUGGAGUCAGUCAUGUGACCAAGAAGUCAGGCUGAGCAUGUGGGACUUCCUGCUAUUGAAAAGAGAAGGCACUGCCAGCAGAGCCUUCAACAGAAAUGGAGUAUCCUUUUUUCUUGCUACAUUCUCCUGAAGGAAAGGAGUGCCAGGAGUGGGAGGAGCGCCACAGUGACGACGACGCUGGUGCAGAUGAGAUCCUGUGUGCAAUCCAAGGGGAGUUGUGGAGUCAGGAUCCUGCUGACUUCUGUCGCCACCCCUGGCUGGACAGGGACAUCGAGGCAGUCAGGACUCUGUAUUCAGACUCUGCAGUCUCUGUCAGGGAGUACGGGUCAAUUGAUGAUGUGGAUGUGGACUUAAAAAUUAAUGCUAACUUUUUAGAUGAGGUGGCAGCCCAAGCCUGGAGGAUUAAUCUAUCAGAGCCAGUCGUUAUCCGUCUGCAGUUUUCUAUGUCUCAGUAUCUGGAUGGACCUGCACCUUCAGUUGAGGUCUUCCAGCUGUCUAAUAAUAAUAACUUCAGUCUUGGGAAACAGUUGCAGAAUAUUCUCACAGUUUUCAUAUCUCGGAUGUGGAAACACCUUGCAAACGACAACGCUGUAACUGGGCAGAAGAGGAGUCACAGCUGGUUCAGGCCAAGUGGAACCAUCAAGAAAUUUUGUGCAAGACUUAGCACCAGGCUGCCACUAUCAAACAGGCUAAAGGAGCUCCAGGAACCGGCUGCAAGACGCCGGAUCAUUUUACCAGCAAUGAAGCUGAACCGUCUCACAAAUCAUACAACUUCCUACACCAUCAAGAAUCCCAUCGGAGAGCUCUUCACCUACACGCCCAGCGGGAAGAGGGUGAUGGUCUCAGCAGUGAAAUCAUCAGCACAGCUUAACACUAAACAGCUGAUGGAGCUACUCUUCACAUCCCAGGCAAUCGGGCACUGUAAGACCACACCAACUCUGCAGCACGGCUUCUUGGUACAGAUAAUGAGGUAUGCUGAGCAGAGGAUCCCAACACUGAAUGAAUAUUGUGUUGUUUGUGAUGAGCGGCACGUGUUUCAAAAUGGGCCCAUGCUUAAGCCAGCGGUUUGCACCAGGGAGCUGUGUGUGUUUUCCUUUCACAUGCUGGGGGUUAUGUCUGGAGCGACAGAAGAGGUUGCCACCGGUGCAGAGGUGAUCGACUUGUUGGUAGCCAUGUGCAGAGCUGCCCUUCAGUCUUCACGCAAGAGCCUUAUUUUUGAACCGUACCCUUCUAUUGUCGAUCCACACAACCCCAAAACUCUCGCCUUUAGUCCAAAGAGAAGAAGCUACGACAGGCUGCAGAAAGCUCUGGACAGUGUCUUGUUGAUCAGGAGGAUGGCACAGGGUCCAUAUUCUGAGAUUAAGAAGCAGCUGGACAAGAUAGACCCUCUCGCACAUCCAUUACUGCAGUGGAUUUUAGCAAGCAACAGAUCGCACAUUGUGAAGCUUCCGCUGAGCAGGCAACUGACGUUUAUGCACACACCCCAUCAGUUCCUGUUGAUCAGCAGCCCUCCAUGUAAGGAGGCUCACUUUCAAACUGCCAAAAAGCUUUAUGGCAGCACCUUUGCUUUCCAUGGUUCCCACAUUGAAAACUGGCACUCUAUUUUGAGAAACGGGCUGGUUAACGCAUCUUACACAAAGUUACAGCUCCAUGGUGCUGCGUAUGGGAAAGGCAUCUAUUUGAGUCCCAUUUCAAGCAUAUCAUUUGGAUAUUCUGAGAUGGGGAAAGGUCAGUACAAAAUUCCUACCAGAGAAGAACUCUUGCAGAAACACAGCCGAAUAAAUCAAAUCAAGCAGGAACAAGUGGGGGAAGGCAGGUUUCUGCAAAGCACGAACCUAAACUGCGUUGCACUCUGUGAAGUGAUAACUUCUAAAAACCUGCAAAAGCACGGCAACAUUUGGGUGUGUCCGGUUUCCGACCACGUGUGCACGCGGUUCCUCUUUGUCUAUGAAAAUGGGCAAGUGGGAGAUGUUAACAUAAACACCCAAGAGGACAAAAUCCAGCAGGAAAUUUCACGAGUAAUUAAUUCAAAGCCAUGCUGAGAAAACCAGGAUACAUACACACAUAUGUCUUUUUCUGUUCUUUAUAAUAAAAACAAAAACUGUGA